CCUUUGGCUCGGCCCCGAGUCCGCGGCACCCGCGGGGGGGACCCUCGCCGCCCCCAUAUGGAGGGAGAUGUGGAGAAGCCGCCCGACCCCAAGGUCCGGGUCGUGCGCGCCCGGCAGAUCCGCUGCCGAGCCACGGCGCCGCGAGCCGAGGGCGAAUCAGGGGACGCCGACGCGCUCCGGCGCAGGGUCCGGCGCCUGGAGGAGGAGCUCCAAAGCCUGAGGGACGCGUACGCCAAGAAGAUUUCCCGGACCGAGCUCUGGGCAGAGGAUCUGCAGCGGGAGAAAGACGCCGAGCGCGCCAAGUGGGUCAAAGCGCAGGAAGAAGAAAUGGACCAGGUGCGGGCCGCUGCAAAGAUCUUACGCGGGUACCUCGACAGAAAGCAUCGAAGGACGGAAGCGAAGAUGGAGCAAGAACGAGAGGACGACGCGGCGAGGCAGGCGCGGGAGCACGCCGCGGCCGAGAAGGCCCUGCAGGACGGGCGCACGAGGAGGAGCUUGCGCGGUGCGCGUCGCAGCUGCAGGAAACGAAGGCCGCCUACGAGAAGAGCAUCGAGAGGCACGUGGGCGUCCAGGACUCCCUGAAGGAAGAGCUGGCGGGCCUUCGGAAGAAGCUGCAGCAGGCUGAGAGCGAGACGGCGUCAAAGCAACAGGAAUGCGAGCAGCGCGAGCGCGAGAUCGUCGACCUCAAGAGGAAGCUGGAAGCAUGCGGUGGCUCGCGAGAAGACGAGAUAGCCCGCUGGGAAAGGCGAAUCAAGGCGCUCGAGGCACCAGCCUGCUUCCAUCCCCACCCCGUCUGCGUUGCAGCAGGGCCUCCGCGGCUGUUGACACAUGAGACUCCUGCGGCAUGA